UCGAUGAUAACAAGUUAUUACGGAAGCUCUUACAGACAUUCCUGACUGAAUACACUUUCUUUCCAGCUUUUCAAAAAGACUCCUUCCUGCAAGACAUGGCAUUGGGCCGCAAGAAAUACUGCUCCUCCCUGUUGGUCCAUGUAGUCCUUGCAUCUGCUUGCGUAGCAGGGCCACUCCAAUACGAAUCAUCGGUUUCGAUUCUGGAAUCCACAGACUCUCGGGUACCAGUUUCUCGCAGAAGCGCGCCGGUUUUGGGAACUCGAGAUUGGAAAUUCUUCACUAAUGGCCAUACAAGCCGCGAUUGUUCUGUCGAUUGUACAUGACGCGAGUGGAGCGAUGAGGUUGGAAGAUUAUACCUAACUCAAGCCGUUGCGGCUGCGCAUGCGAUGCAGUUAUUCUCUUUAUAGACGAAGAGCGAUGAUUCGUCCG